GGAGGGUAUAAAUUGAUCUCUUGAAAGACUGCUGAAAAUAGCUUUCAGUUUGAUGUAGAUCAAGGCACAUUGAAGAUGAAAAGGCAAGGUUUUAUUGUGAUCAUCGUAUUGAUGAUCAUAUUCGCUAUUCUUCAUUCAGGAGAGACGACGAAUUGUUAUGUCUGCGAUUCGCUUUUAAGCGAAACUUGUGAAAGCAACCCAAAGGCAUCCAAUGUGAUGGAUUGUGGUGUCAAAGGGAUUUGUCUCAAAUGUAAUUAUGAAAUUGGCAAGCACAACCCUAUCCUACGUUCGUGCUUUAAAUUUGGUCAAACUACGAGUUUAUAUGAUGACUCUAACGGUGUACCAGAUAAAUUUGAAUGUACGACGUGCGUUACGGAUUUCUGUAAUAAUGCUAAUGCGCUGUCAACUGGCAUAGUAACAUUAGGAUGUCUAGCACUAUUUUGGACAAUUCGAAAUCUUGUAUAAUCUUGCUAAAAAACUUCCAGACCUUAGAGUACAUCUAAGGUCUCGGUACCUAGCUCGGGUAUUUUGGGUUGGUAUUCACUCUGAGCCCCUGAGAGGAAAAUAUGGAUAAUUGUAAAACUGCAUAUAUAUAUAUACACAUAAAUAAUAUAAAUACAUGUUAUAAAAUAUGUAAGUAGUUUUAUUAAUUUUAUUUAUUAUGUCUCACAUUCUUAUCUAUUUGUUAACUAUAAAACUGGAAAGCUACUGAUCAAUAAUAAAUGUAUUAAAAAAAUA